GCCUGCGCGGCGGCCCCGGCGGCUCCAGCAUGGCCGCGCUCAUCAACUUCGAGGACGAGGAGGAGGUGAGGAGUUACUUGGAGAACUUGCACGUCGAGUACAGCUACCAGUGCUUCAAGGAGAAGGACCCAGACGGCUGCCAUCGCCUGGCCGACUACCUGGACGCCGUUCGGAAGGACUUCGUGGGGGCGGCGCGGGUGCUGCGCGACAACUGCGAGGCGCACGGCCACAGCGAGAGCUGCUACAAGCUAGGGGCCUACCAGGCCAUCGGCAAAGGUGGACUCGACCUAGAUUUGAAAGCUGCCUACAACUCUUUUAUGAAGUCAUGUGAGAAAGGUGGGAAGAAGUCAAUAAAUGCAUGCCACAACGUUGGGCUGUUGGCCCAUGAUGGGAGAGUAAAUGGUGAUAAACCAGACCCCGUUGUUGCAAGAGACUAUUACACAAAAGCCUGUGAUGGCAAUUUUGCUCCUAGCUGCUUCAACCUCAGUGUAAUAUACCUGCAAGGAGCACCUGAGGUCCCUAAGGACAUGACCCGUGCUCUGAAGUACUCGCUGAAAGGGUGUGAGCUCGGCCACAUCUGGGCUUGUGCCAACGCCAGUCGAAUGUACAAACUGGGAGACGGUGUUGAGCAGAGUGAUGCUAAGGCAGAGGAUCUGAAAAACAGGGCAAAACAGCUGCAUAAAGAGCAGAAAGAAGCCCCAAGCUCUUUAAAAUUUGGAGAGUAAAACUGUCAGUUGCAGCUACUGAGUUUUCAAUGGCAAGUGAAGCUGUUAUUUAAAUAAUGAGCAUACGUUUUGCAGUCACAAUAAAAAACAAAAUCCUCACAUUUUCCUGGAUGCAAGCAAACAUCAGCAACCCUGCUGUGCCUUUCUGCAUUUUUAAAUACACAAGUUCUUCCUCCUGUUGCUUGGAUUUCUCCUCUUCUUUCAGGAAGGCAAACACACCUGACCUUUUGGAAGUUUGUCCCCACGGUUUAAAGUAUGAAAUAGGUCCAAACAUCCUUUUGGUUUUACAUCUGUGCUGCAAAUGCUUCCAGCAGGAGCUGUAGUUGUGUGCUGGGUUCAGGCUGCAUAGCUGGCUUUCAUGUAAAGGUCUCUCCUCUUCAGAGAAUGUUGUGAAUCCCACGUUUUCUGAGCUUGCUGGAGCAAGUGUG